UUAGUUUUUUUUUGGCAAAUCUGGUUCGCUGAUGUUGAGAUCAAAAGAAAGUUAGUCACACAGAGAAGAAAGACAGUUAUUCUGGAGGGGUUCUAUCUUUCCUCUACCCAAUUUCAAGGAAAAGUUCGACCUAUUGAAGGAUUUACGAGAUGCUGAGAUUGGGUUAAAGUAAAAAACGAUAUCAGAUCGAAGCAAGGUGUUUUUUUAAUAUAAGGACCAAGAUUACAAUCAAUCCUAAUCAAUCUUAAUGAAACAGGUGUUUAUGAUAAUGAACUAAAGGAUGAAACUCAAGGUACUCAAAACGGAAACACAAGAAACUUCAAAUCCGAAAACUUCCUUGAGACGUCUUGCUUCGAUCAGUUGAGAUCUUAUUAUUUCUUGCAAAAUCAACAACAUGAGGUUAACAUUCAACCAUCAUCCCUGUCAUCACCAACGCUUAUCAUAUCGACAUCAACAUGAUGUCCUAUCUAACAUCAAGUUCCAAUCUCGAUAUAGUUCUCAAGCAUUUAACUCUCAGUCUGACUUACAGGAAUCAGAUCAAAAUCAAAGACUACCACAUCCAAACUCGGGUCGAUCAGCAACUAUGACGAGAUCAUCAAAUGUGACUUUCGAAACUAUUUCAGAUUUAUAUAAAUCGAAAACCCCAAUCACCAUGUUAACAGCUCAUGAUUUUCAAUCAGCUCGUUUACUAGCCAUGUCAUCAUAUACUUCGUCUCAGAAAUCAAACCAAAAUCAAACCUCGAAACGAUCGCUACCAAACGGUGUAGAUUUUUGUUUAUGUGGAGAUUCAUUAGCGAUGGUCUCACUUGGUUAUACUUCAACUAACGAACUAAGUUUAGAAGAAUUCACUUAUCAUCUGAAAGCCGUCAGACGUGGUCUAGAUAGUGUACUACAACCACCACCGAUUCAAACUAACGAGAAUCCAUACCAUUAUAGAAUGCCACUCUUGGUAGCAGAUUUACCAUUCGGAACUUUUGAAGGUCAAAACCCAGAUAGAGGAUUAAGAACGGCUUUAAGAUUGGUUUCAGAGGCAAGAAUUGAUGCAGUGAAAAUCGAAGGAGGACUUGAACAAAUUCCAUUAAUCAAAAUUUUAAAACAAUAUGGAAUUCCAGUGAUUGGUCAUCUUGGUUUACAACCUCAACGAAUUGCAGGUCAAGGAGGAAUGAAAGUUCAAGGAUCAAAAGAAAUCGAAUCAGCAAGAAAUAUCAUUAAGACGGCUAUUGAAUUAGAAUCAUCAGGUGUAGUUGGAAUUGUAUUAGAAGCCAUACCUGAAAAACUUUCCAUCGAGAUUCAAAAAAAGUUAUCGAUUUUUACUAUAGGAAUUGGAGCAGGACCAUCAGUUGAUGGACAAGUUUUAGUCACAUCAGAUUUAUUAGGUUCAUUAGAUUCAAUCAAACCUCGAUUUAUCAUGGAUCAUCCUUCAAAUGGUUAUCAUGUUUCUAAUUUGAAUCCUAGAUGGGAUUUAGAACUUCAAAUCAUACAUGAAUAUAUAAAUCAAACUCGUUCUAAACGAUUUCCUAAUCCUAAUGGUCAACAUUCUUAUAAGAUGAAUUCAUCAGUAUUUAAUCAAUUACAAUCGGAGGGAUGGACUUAGGUUUGUUUUUGAAAACUUUUAUCAAUAAGAUUGUUUAUAGAAAGGAGAUUCCUAUAUAGAUUUUAUAGUUUUUACCUAUUUAUUUGACGAAUCAUUCUGCAUGAAUUAUAUAUUUCUCUCCCAAUUAGAUUUGCAUCAUCAUUAUUUUUUUUCUACUUCAUCGCCUUACUGUGCCUACUUCAACUAGAUGCACAAAAAAGCAUUGAAUUAGUCUAUACUUAUACUUGUAUUUCAAAAAUGGCGUUGAAUUACUUUCAAAAAGGAUGUUGAAAUAGAGAGAGAUAUACCCACUUGC